GUCGGAUGUUUGGUAAUGACAUUCGCGGGCGUCAACGAUCUCCUAGGCUACUGGGUCUUCGGUCCACGAUUCUGCGACACUUGGAUCGCUUUCGACGUAAUGUGCAGCACUGCCUCUAUACUGAACCUCUGCGCGAUAUCCCUCGAUCGUUACAUUCAUAUCAAGGAUCCUCUCAGAUACGGUCGUUGGGUGACAAGAAGAGUGGCAGUUGCUGGAAUCGUUAUCGUGUGGCUGCUCGCAGGACUAAUAUCCUUCGUACCGAUUAGCCUAGGCCUUCACCGGGCCGACGAACCCGUAGUUUACGACGACGGCCAAGAGGAACACCCUACGUGCGCCUUAGACCUUACACCCACCUACGCGGUCGUCUCCUCUUCCAUAUCUUUUUACGUGCCCUGCAUCGUGAUGCUGGGAAUUUAUUGCAGGCUCUAUUGUUACGCGCAGAAACACGUGAAAAGCAUCCGUGCGGUGACGAAGUUGCCGGACACAUCGAUGGCCAAGAGCUUUCGAGCGAAAAGCACACGGAACAAGCCGCCGAAACCGCAAACGAAAACGAAGCCGACGAGCCCUUAUCACGUGUCCGAUCACAAGGCCGCGAUCACCGUGGGCGUGAUCAUGGGUGUAUUCUUAAUAUGCUGGGUGCCGUUUUUCUGCGUCAACAUCGUUGCCGCGUACUGCAAGACCUGCAUAUCAGUCCGGGCGUUCCAAGUACUCACUUGGCUCGGCUACAGCAACUCGGCCUUCAACCCGAUCAUCUACAGCAUCUUCAACACAGAGUUCCGGGAAGCGUUCAAACGGAUCCUCACGAAGGGUGCACGCGCCCGUGGGAACCAACCGUCGACCAGCGAAUGCGGCGAAUUUCGCUCCGUGGUGGUGCAAAAACGUAACGGAUCCAUGAUCGAGUGUAACAUUAGUCCGAGAUCGAGCGCGGACAGCUGUCAGGUCGGAAUUAUGGCGCAACGACACCGCGACACCAUCGUCAGCGCGAUAUAA